AUGUUUCAAAUAGGAAAAGAAAAUUUGAUACUUACAUGGAACAUGAAACUUUUUCACUUAAGUGAAGUUUCUAAAGUUUCUUUAAAGCUUUUGAAAGAUGUUGAAGCUUUAGAGGGAAUAUCGAGUCAUGGCAACGUUCUGAUCUCAUUUUUUACUAGAAUUAUCUACACUAAUGCGUUGAUGUGUUAA